GCAUGAAUUAUAGCCAGAAAAGUGGUGUUAAAAGGCAGGCAGCACUCCAGUGGAGAUUAAGUUACUGCUCUGGUUCACAGGCCUAGAUUUGUUUCCCAAAACCUUCAACACCUACAGACUCCUGCUUGUCAAGAUAAAACCUUCCCUGCCUAAUAGGAAGUCCUGUGAAGGAGCUACCAAGUCUCUCUGGACUGUUGUAUCCCCAGGGCCAAGUACACGUUGGAUACUCAAUGUUUAUUGGUUUGAAUGCAGAAGAUAAAUUCGUAUUUUAAUGAAGUGGUUUUCAACUCUGUGCCAUCUAAAAAACAAUUUAAGUUCUCGCUCCUCCAGGCUGCUCCAUUAACCAAGAUGUAAGUCAGAAUACAGCAGAAAAUGUCCACUGAACGAACUUCUUGGACAAGUUUGUCCACUAUUCAGAAAAUAGCGCUGGGCCUCGGGAUCCCAGCCAGUGCAACAGUUGCCUAUAUCCUAUACCGCAGGUACAGGGAGAGCAGAGAAGAACGGUUGACAUUUGUUGGGGAGGAUGACAUCGAAAUAGAGAUGCGAGUUCCCCAGGAGGCAGUAAAGCUCAUCAUUGGCCGGCAAGGAGCCAAUAUUAAACAGCUGCGGAAACAGACAGGUGCUCGGAUUGAUGUGGACACAGAAGAUGUAGGCGAUGAACGGGUGCUGCUUAUCAGUGGGUUUCCUGUGCAGGUGUGCAAGGCCAAAGCAGCCAUCCAUCAGAUCCUGACAGAGAAUACCCCUGUGUCUGAGCAGCUUUCUGUUCCACAGAGAUCCGUGGGCAGGAUCAUAGGGAGGGGUGGUGAGACAAUUCGUUCUAUCUGUAAAGCCUCUGGAGCCAAAAUUACCUGUGACAAAGAAUCAGAGGGGACGCUACUACUAUCAAGGCUUAUAAAAAUCUCAGGAACACAGAAGGAAGUGGCAGCAGCCAAGCAUUUGAUACUAGAGAAAGUUUCAGAAGAUGAAGAACUUCGGAAGAGAAUUGCUCAUUCUGCAGAAACCAGAGUCCCACGCAAGCAGCCAAUCAGUGUAAGAAGAGAGGAAGUGAUAGAGUCUGGUGGAGCUGGAGAGCCAGCUUUGUGGAAGAGCACUGAUACUGGUGCCGGGCCAGAGCCGGCUACACCACUGAGAGUUCCUCCCCGAAAAGGAGGCGGUGACAUGGCUGUCGAAGGGCCAGAAGGUGCUUGGGAGAAACCUAAUGGGGACAGCUUUCAGAAAUCUGGAGCCCAGACCAGUCCAGAGAUGUCCAUGUUUGAAAUCCCUAGUCCUGACUUCAGUUUCCAUGCCGAUGAGUUCCUGGAAGUCUACGUGUCUGCCUCUGAACACCCUAACCACUUCUGGAUCCAGAUCAUUGGCUCCCGCAGUCUGCAGCUGGAUAAGCUUGUCAGUGAGAUGACCCAGCACUAUGAGAACAGUCUACCUGAAGACUUGACUGUGCAUGUGGGAGACAUUGUAGCAGCACCUCUACCUACAAAUGGCUCCUGGUACCGAGCUCGGGUCCUUGGCACUUUGGAGAAUGGGAACCUGGACCUGUACUUCGUUGACUUUGGAGAUAAUGGUGAUUGCCCACUGAAGGACCUCCGGGCACUCAGGAGUGACUUCCUAAGUCUUCCAUUUCAAGCAAUAGAAUGUAGUCUGGCACGGAUCGCCCCCUCAGGUGAACAGUGGGAAGAGGAAGCUUUGGAUGAGUUUGACAGACUCACUCACUGUGCUGACUGGAAGCCCCUGGUGGCUAAGAUCUCCAGCUAUGUCCAGACUGGGAUCUCAACUUGGCCCAAGAUUUACUUAUAUGAUACAAGCAAUGGGAAGAAACUUGAUAUCGGGUUAGAAUUAGUUCGUAAAGGAUAUGCAGUUGAACUUCCUGAAGACAUGGAAGAAAACAGAGCCAUCCCAGACAUGUUGCACGAUGUGGCCACAGAAACAGAGGUCUCUCUCGGCAGCAUGCUCGCUGAGACCAGGAAGAGCCCUGGAGAAAUAGCAAAUACCCUGUCCUGCCUCAGCUUGUCAGAAGCUGCCUCUGUGUCUGGUGAUGAUAAUCUUGAAGAGGACUACUUACUGUGAAGUCAGCUGACGCCGUCUGCUGUGCCGUGAUUUGGUGCCUGGAGAGAGGAGCCUAUGAUAAAGGGAUCUAUGCAGUCCUUCUAUAUUACCUACAUGAUCUGGCUUGCUGUGGACCAAAUGCAAGCUCUCCUUCUGUUGGACUACCACAAAGAGUGUGGGGUGGAGAAGAGGACAAGUACAUGUCCCUUAUCCACCUGCCCGACCCCAUCUUCUUCGAGUUUGCUUCCAGGCUGCUCAGCCUCUGGUCCGCUGCUCUCUGCCAGGCGAUUAUUGUAUGCUUCUGCAAGGCUGUGUCCUUUUUGAGGCUGGAAAGCAGCCAGGUUUUGGUCAGUGGAAGUGAUGAUUCUGCAGACUUCUGACUCACCUCCUCAGGUGACUCUGUUAAUUAAAGGAGGUUUUUGAGUGGUUAGCUCAAAGACCGCAGUUGAGUUGGGAGGCACAGGCACAAAUCAACAUGAUUAUAUUUAAAAGCCUCAGGAAAUGGGAAGAGAACACUGCCUCCCAGCCUCAACUGCUGAAAUGUUAUUGGAGGUAGGUUUUUUGAAACAGUGCUCCAGCUAUUUCCCUGUUAACUUUGGUUAAAAUACAAGUUAGACAAACAGAGGGCAGCUCAGGAAAUACUCUAAAGUGCUAGUGUAGUAUCUAUAUGUAUACACACACACACACACACCUCCAUGAAGUGAAAGAGAACUUCCAUAGCCGUUUAAAUCAUUUGGGGGAUUCUUUGAUGAAUAAAGUUCUCAAGAAA